GGGUCUGCUCGGCGGGGUGGGGGAGGGGAUCCGGCGUAGCGGGGCGGCGGUGGGCGCCUCUUAGUGUCGGGGGCCCGGGAGGUCUUCGCGGCGUUCACCUCAGCUCCUGGGGCUCCGGUGGCACGCGGCGACCGCCUGCCGGCCGAGCCUGCCGGCGGUACUGGACCAGUGGGACGCCGGGAAGGUAAACCGCUCCCGAACACGUCCGGACCCGGGAGGCUGUGUCGCGCGGAGCACUCUGGGAUUUGUAGUUCUCGAGAUGGAGCGAGCUGUACCGCCCACGGUGCCUCUGGGUCAGAUGGAGGUGUUUCAGGCCCUGCAGCGGUUGCACAUGACCAUCUUCUCCCAGUGUUUUUCACCCUGCGGGAAGUUCCUGGCGGCUGGGAACAAUUACGGGCAGAUCGCCAUCUUCAGCUUGUCUGCUGCUUUGAGCUCCGAGGCCAAAGAGGAAAGUAAGAAGCCCAUCGUGACCUUCCAAGCCCACGAUGGGCCUGUCUACAGCAUGGUCUCCACUGAUCGACAUCUGUUCAGCGCUGGGGACGGGGAGGUGAAGGCCUGGCUUUGGGCAGAGAUCCUCAAGAAGGGCUGUAAGGAGCUAUGGUGUCGUCAGCCCCCGUACAGGACCAGCCUGGAAGUGCCUGAGAUCAACGCUUUGCUUCUCGUCCCCAAGGAGAAUUCCCUCAUCUUGGCAGGCGGGGACUGCCAGCUGCAUACGAUGGACCUAGAGACGGGGGCCUUCACGCGGGCCCUCCGGGGCCACACAGACUACAUCCACUGCCUGGCGCUGAGGGACCGGAACCCUGAGGUGCUGUCUGGCGGCGAGGAUGGGACCGUGCGGCUUUGGGAUCUGCGCAUGGCCAAGGAGGUCCAGACAAUUGAGGUCUACAAGCAUGAGGUGAGGGCCUGCCCCCCACACACCCUGUUCUCCCUUCUCCCUGGGCCUCUCCUGUGUCUUGACCUCCUCCUCCCUUCCCCUCUUCCCUCCCAGGAGUGCUCCAGGCCCCACAACGGGCGCUGGAUCGGAUGCUUGGCAACUGACUCCGACUGGAUGGUCUGUGGAGGAGGCCCAGCUCUCACCCUCUGGCACCUCCGAUCCUCCACACCCACCACCAUCUUCCCCAUGUGGGCACCACAGAAGCAUGUCACCUUCUACCAGGACCUGAUUCUGUCAGCUGGCCAGGGCCCCUGCGUCAACCAGUGGCAACUGAGUGGGGAACUUAAGGCCCAGGUGCCCGGCUCCUCCCCAGGGCUGCUCAGCCUCAGUCUCAACCAGCAGCCAGCAGCACCGGAGUGCAAGGUGGGUCCUGCAAGGAGCUGUGGGGGUCCGGGGAGGCCAGGGGUGUGGGCAGCUCAGUCACCCCCCUCUUGCCUCCAGGUGCUGACAGCUGCAGGCAACAGCUGCCGGGUGGAUGUUUUCACCAAUCUGGGCUAUCGGGCCUUCUCCCUGUCCUUCUGACCUCCCGAAGCUGGUGGGGCCGGAGCAGAGGACCUGGACGAGGCCCUAAGCCCACCCUCUCGGGCAGGGAGAGGGCCUGGGGCCUCAGCGAGCCGGGGUCGGAACUGUUUUCUUUUUACAAAAUAAAAUGUCAGGCUUUUC